UGUAACGUCUAUAUAUCUAUAACCCUUUUCUCUCUGGUUCAUUUGAGUUUUCAAUGGCUUUUUAAUUGGCCGAGGCCACAGCGGGGGACUCAAUCUCUACCUUCGCAGCAAUGGCUGUUAAUCACUGUCAGGCUGCAGCUCUAUCAAAUGGAGUUCACGUUCAAGAAAAACUUGCGAAAGUUACUAGAUUCGACGAGACGGAGCGCCAUAGUUCUUUAGAAAUUUUGCCAAGUCUCUUUGAUAAGGCUUCGUUCCCCUCUCAAGAUUCUUUGGCCCGUGAUUCCUCUGGCUUUUUAAGUACCGAGGAACUCGACAACAGUCCAGAUUGUGAUCCACAUUUAGCUUUUCUCAGCUUCCUGGAAGUUACCCAUCCAACAAAUAGUAAGAUGUCAUUGGCAACUUCAGAUGCCAGCUUGACUUGCCAGAACGUUAUUGACAUACAUGUGAAUGGUGGAGAUGCUUAUUCCUCGUGCAUAGUAAAUAUUGAUAUUGACAAGGACAAGCUCAAAACGCCUAAAUCAUGUGAAGGAACUUUUGAAAGUUUGAAAACUGAAAAUACAUUAUUGCGAAUAGAGAAGGUAUUGCAGAGACAGUCCAGCCUUAAAAUGGGUGUGAAACUUGUGCAUUAUUUGUUAGACCAUGGACUAAUGUUACUGAAGUUCUCGUCCAAAGAAAAAUCAGGGACCGAGAGGGUUCAUGAUACGCCAAACAACAGGUGGAGAAAAUAUAAACGUGCCGCUUCAUUUGAUUCAAGAAAGAUAGUUAUUCUCUUCUCAGUAUUAUCAAGCUUGGGAACCUUGAUAUUGAUAUAUUUGACUCUGAGAGUAAGGCAGCAGAGUGAUGGAUCUGUUGCUAUGUAACAGUUUUUGGUCUCUGGUUUUGUAUCGCUCUUCUCCUUUGCCUUUCUAGUCUCUUAAAAUAGUUGGUUUUAAUGUUUAUCUCCUCAUAGAACACACUUUUAGGCAUGCGACUGUUAUUAUUUGUACAUAAAUGUAUUCCAAUUUCGGGUUGCCUUAGGAAAUGAUCAGUAGUGAAUGUGUUGUGGCAUUGGGAUGGUAGGAAUGUUGGUAAAAGUACUGAUGUGAAUGAAAAAUUAUGAAAAUUCAGAAA